GAUGACUAACGAAUCCUUGCCCCACCCAUCCACCACACCACUUACGGUGGCGUUGUAAGAAGAAGAUUGUAAGGGUUUUGCAGAGAAAGGGGGCACCAUGUCGGGUUGAUGGUGCAUGGUUUGCUGGCUUUCCGCCUCUCUUUCCAAAAUGACGUCCCAAAUCAGCAGCUCCAAUUCUGGAUCCAGGUCUUCCUCGCGAGUCCGCGUUGCCAAGGACAUUGAAAUGAAUUAUGGCCCUGAGGAAGCCAGUCAAAUCGCUGGUAACACUUUAAUUGUAAUUGAGUCCUUGGAAAACAAAGUUGCAGCUGAUAGAAUUAUGCAGGUAAAGCGAAAAAUUGACGAAAAUAAGCAGAAGCUGAAAGGUUUCACUGAUCACAUUCACAACUUGUCAAAAUCUAGAAAAUUGCCUAUGGCAAAUACGGAUUUCUUGAUCAAGAGACUAGAAGAUGCAACGUGUAUGAUAAGUGGCUUAGAUUUAUCUGCUGGGGAGAGGGAACAGAGUCUUUGUACUGAAGAGUGUCCAAAUGCCUCUCCAGCUAUUGUUUUUGGUAGCAAUUCCAGUGGAAAAAAUGUCGUUCGUCCGAUUAAGUUGCCUGAAGAACAGAGAAUUCCACCUAACACAGCAUGGCUGUUUUUGGACAGAAAUCAAAGAAUGACUGAAGACCAAUCUGUUUUGGGGCGGAGGCGGAUUUACUAUGAUCGAAGUGGCGGUGAGGCUCUUAUUUGUAGCGACAGUGAAGAAGACCCUGUAGAUGAUGAAGAUGACAAGAAAGAGUUCGGUGAUUGUGAAGAUUAUAUUCUGCAAAAAACCAUUGAAGAAGUUGGAUUAUCCGAUACUGUGCUGGAUAUCCUUGCUCAGCAGUUUCAGACAAGUGCUUGUGAAAUAAAGGCAAGAUAUGAAUUACUAUUAAAUCAAGACAAAAGUAAACAAUGCACCAGUGAGGAACUCAAUGCGAAACGUGAGCACGCCCUUGCUGGAAAAGAUCUGGAUGCUGCUCUUGACUCUUUUGAUAACCUAUUUUGUCGCCGUUGUCUGGUUUUUGAUUGCAGAUUGCAUGGAUGUUCUCAGGACCUAGUUCUUCCGGCUGAGAAGCAUCCACCUUGGAGCAACACCAAUGAUGAUGAACCUUGUUGCACACAUUGCUAUCGCCUGGCAUUAAAACCUGGAACUAAUGGUACUGCCAGUGCAUCUGUGGUCCCUUCAUUCUUUGAUGCUGAUGGUCAGAUGUCCUUCCCAAAAAAAUCUGGUGGUUCUAGUACUGCUAGGAGGUUAAAGUCACGGCAGACUGAUAUUGCUUCUUCCACUGCAAAGCAUUUCUUAGCAAGCAGUGGCUCGGAAGCAUGCUCUUCUGCAUCUCCUCUAAAAGCUAACCAGGUUGGAAAAUAUGGAGGGAGGGCUGCUGAGCGAGUUCUCGUUAGCAUCCGUAAGAAACAAAAGAAAAUGGUGGUGUCGGACUCAAACACUGGUGUAAGUGGCUCUCUUUGGCCGAGGGAUAUGAAACUCCGAUCUAACGCUCGGACGGAAAUUUCAGACGCAACAUCGUCCACUCAAAGAUUAUUUUCGAAGUCUGGAAAAUCCAGAAAAUCUCGAAAGCAAUCUUCCCCAGUCCUUGGUGAUGACAAUUUGGUGGACGAGAAUGUUGAUGAUGAAGUAAAGGACUCAAUGGAUAAGAAAUCAAAUAUGCAUUGCGGACUAGAGAUGUCCAGAGAUGACAGUUGUGCUAAUGCAAAUGUCCUUCAAUGUGAAGUAAGCAAGGACAAUGCUUGGAAGACCAUUGAGAAGUCUUUGUUUGCCACAGGUGUUGAGAUCUUUGGUCGGAAUAGCUGUCUCAUUGCUAGAAAUGUGCUCAAUGGCAUGAAGACAUGUGCUGAAAUUGCCCAAUACAUGAAUUUUAACGAAAUGAAACCCUACCUCGGAGCAGGAGAGGGUGCAAAUUGUCACAAUGAUGCAUGCGGAAUGGCUGAUUGUGAUGAUAUCCUGGGGACCAAACUACGGAGACGAUCAAGAUUUUUGCGGAGAAGGGGUAGGGCACGUCGGUUGAAGUAUACUUGGAAAUCUGCGGGUCAUUCAGCAAUUAGGAAAAGAAUCACUGAUCGGAAGGACCAGCCAUGUCGCCAAUUCACCCCUUGUAGUUGUCAAUCUUCUUGUGGAAAACAGUGCAGCUGCCUACAACAUGGAACAUGCUGCGAAAAGUAUUGUGGGUGUCCUAAAACUUGCAAGAAUCGUUUUAGGGGAUGCCAUUGUUCUAAGAGUCAAUGCCGAAGUCGGCAAUGCCCUUGCUUUGCUGCUGACAGAGAAUGUGAUCCUGAUGUUUGUAGAAAUUGCUGGGCUGGCUGUGGGGAUGGGACAAUGGGCGGCCCCAGUCAACGAGGUGAUAACUACGAGUGUAGAAAUAUGAAGCUCCUCCUCAAACAGCAACAGAGGGUGUUACUUGGAAGAUCAGAUGUUUCUGGCUGGGGUGCUUUCCUGAAGAAUAGUGUGAACAAGCACGAAUAUAUCGGAGAGUACACUGGAGAGUUGAUUUCACACCGUGAAGCUGAUAAGCGUGGAAAGAUCUAUGACCGUGAGAACUCAUCCUUCCUUUUCAACUUGAAUGAUCAGUUUGUCCUUGAUGCUUACAGGAAAGGUGACAAAUUAAAAUUUGCAAACCACUCCCCAGAUCCAAAUUGCUAUGCCAAGGUUAUCAUGGUAGCUGGUGAUCACAGAGUAGGUAUAUUUGCCAAGGAACGGAUAUGUGCUGGUGAGGAGCUUUUCUAUGAUUACCGUUAUGAGCCGGACUGUGCUCCUGCAUGGGCGAGAGGGCCUGAAGCUUCUAGUUCAAGAAAGGAUGAACCGCCUAGUACUCACAGGCGAGCUAAGAAGCUUGCCUAGGUUUCAAGAUGUAGAAAUUAUAACCAUUGUUCUUGAUGAGUUACAUUCAUUUUCUCAUUUAUUCAUUUAAUAGCCAUGCCACUCUACGAGAGGUAGUGGUGAUUUUCUCAUUUUGGUCAGGUCCUCAAAAAGAAAUUGUUUUUAUUCUCUAAUUUUUUAUUACCGUUAUGAGCCGGACUGUGCUCCUGCAUGGGUGAGAGAGCCUGAAGCUUCUAGUUCAAGAAAGGAUGAACCACCUAGUACUCACAGGCAAGCUAAGAAGCUUGCCUAGGUUUCAAGAUGUAGAAAUUAUAACCAUUGUUCUUGCUGAGUUACAUUCAUUUUCUCAUUCAUUCAUUUAAUAGCCAUGCCACUCUAUGAGAGGUAGUGGUGAUUUUCUCAUUUUGGUC